CCGCGCUCGCGCUCCGCUCCCUGCGCCCGCCCCGCGCCUCCUGGACCGCGCCGCGCGCGCAGCCUGGCGCCUCGCAACCCGCGCCCCAGACUGCGACCCGUCUUCCUCUGGGUGCGCCAGCAGGACGGCCGCGUGCAGGCCGUGCACUGUGAGGACUACGACCCGCGCAACCGCAUCCGCCUGGCGCGCACGCCCAGCGGCUGGCGCGUGAUCCCGCGCACCGAGAUCUACAACGCGAUCCGCGUGCCGCCCGCGCCGCCGCGCGAGCGCAAGCGCAGCCGCGCCGCCCGCAAGCGAGCUCGCGAGCCGGCCUGGCUCGCCCCUCCCGACCUGGAGACCCACAUCCCCUCGCACACCAUCGCGGUGCCGCGCUCGGCCGCGCCGGCGCGUGCGCCCGCGUCGCCGCCGCCCGCGCCCUCGCCGCCGCCCGAGCCCACGCCGCUCGACAACCUGCUGGCCGUGGCCGAGCUCGAGUUCAACCAGCAGCGCGGCAAGGACCUCGAGCUGGAGGCCGGCGUGAACGACGCCUACGCCUUCCUGCCCGACGAGGCGGUCGCUAGGGACGUCAUGUCGUUCGAUCUUGGCGAACCCCCCAAAACUACAGAGGAUAUAUUCUACGACCGGAAAUCACAUGGGGAGGAGGACUUUCAGAACAAUUUAGUGGUCCAUAAAGAUUUAUUUGAGACUAUUAGUGAGGCACAUUAUUUGCCGGAGUUGAGCGGGCCCCACGACGAGGCCCUUCUCGAAUCGCUCGUAGAGAAAGGUUGUGAGGAUAAUCAAAUCCUGGGUCAAGCGCUGGACAAGCUGGCGCACCUGGUAACGGGUGGCGGCGACUACGCAGAGGAAGAAGAAGAUAUGCUGUUGAGUGGCGCGCCAGUGGCCGACAUUAUUGAUAGGUUGGAGCAAUCGCUCGAGUCGCCCGGCCGCAGCAGCAUUACCGCAGCACAGGGCCUGCUCCAUCUGCACCACAUCGGAGACCAGCUGCAUGACAUCCAACCUGACCAGCAGACUGUCGAUCAAACCUACAUGUCAGAUGAAGUGUUUGUUACUGAAGUGCCCACCUUAACGUUGACUCAAGAUAGGGAACUUCAGGUUGCUAAUGAAAUUACUAGUAUGGAGUAUGAACAAGAAGCCGAGAAGACGCUAGGAGACGCCGUUGAAGCGACUGAAUCUAUGUAUACCGAUAUUAGUGAGCCGGUAAUUGAAGAGCAUGAGACUUACAAAGAGAAUUCCGAAAAGGAACUGCCAAAUCCUAUGUUACCAGAAGACAGUGAGAUACCCGUGCCAACCGUAAUUUCUACAGAUGCUGAAGCAUCUAAAGUUGAUGAACCGGUAGAAGAAAACGAGGAGGAUGUACCAACGUGCAUGCCGAAAGAAGAAGUUACACAGCCGGAAGGCCCUGGAGAAGACUCCGAGAAAGAACCGGAAACCGAAUCAGAAGAUCCUUCGGUGUGUGAGUUAGUGGCUACUGAUCUUAGUUUAAAAGCAGUUCAGAAGCAAAAACAGGUGUUAAGUGCAGUGAUAGAAACGAGGCAUGUGGAGGAAAAUGUGACAGUGGAGAAGAGCGAAGAACUUCCGAGGGAUUUGAGUGUGCACCGGAGACUACCGACCCCCCACGCAUCGCCGCGGAGGAUUGACAUCCCGAGGGCACCGUCGCGGGAGUCUGACGCCAUGCAGUCCCCACAGCCCAGUGGCAUCCCCGCCAUACCAUCAUCACCAGAAAUAUUCACGGCUCCGCAAAAAAGUAAACAGACGCUGUUUCUAGAAACGUUACUCUCUUCUCCAUCUCCAAAGAUGUACACGUCCGAAGUUACCAUCACAAAGCAACAAUGCGAGCCUCUUAAUUUAGGUAAACACAGAAAAUCUGCGAGUCCAACCGUCUCCAGUUGCUCAGACGAAAUGAGGAAAUUAAAUAAAGAAUUUGGUGAACCGCAGGAGAAAAGGAUAAAGAAUGAGACGGACUUAGUUAAAAUUAGUAAAGUUUUCAAAGGUUCAAACGAGGACCUUAAAAAGUCUGAUAAGUCGAUGCAUAAGUCAAAUGAGGAUACGAGUCCAUUAAAGCAAUUGCAAGUUUUAAAGACUACUGCAGACUUCAACAUUCCAGACCCGCUCUUAGUACCUAAAGACAAAUUGAAUCACAUAUUAGCGGCACCCGGGCGAGAGAUCCCAGCCUUACUAAUACAGAGGCCAGAGCUGAGACUACCCGAGGCGUUCGCGUACCCCUCCAUUCUGCAAGAUCCAGAUAUACUAGUCAUAUCUUUGUCACAACUUGAAAAUAUCUUAGAAAAUGAUGCCAAAAAAUUAUCGACUCCUAAAGCUAAGGAACCUACGAUGCCAGAGCCUAUAAGAAUGUCGAGUAGCGACCCACCCAAGCCCGAAGUACGUAGUACUACCACUCCAGUGCCCGACCAAACGCCACACCCAAAACCAAUCCAAUUAGAUGCUUUAGCUACAGAUAUAGAUGCGGCCACCACGGCAGCGCUCAACCAAAUGUUCUGGCUCCCUUACUUAAAUCAGCUAGAAGUAAUGGCGGCUUGCUCUCAAAACAGCGAAUUUCUAAAAGCAAUGAGUGCUUCUGGCUACUCCGGGCAAAACUAUGCAGAGUUAUCUCAAAUGCUAAACGCGUCUCGCUUUAUGGGUCCCGGUGGGUUCCCAAUGAUGCCACAAAUGGACUACGAAAACAGAAUGCAAUUCGCCAUGUGGCAGGAAGCUAUGAACCAGGCGAACGCGGCUGCGUCCCGAUCGAAAUCGGAAGCCCAGAAAGAAGUGCCAUCAAAAUCUGCUGACGUCCAAAAUCCUUACGUCCAUUCCACGAAGAAUCAUCAAGGCAAAUCGCAGUCGCAUUCGGCGGCACGAACUAGCCCGAUCGCACAUAACUACAACAACAAUCAGCGGUCUAUGGCCCACAAUCCAUUUUUCCAAAGCAUGUAUCCCGGGAUGAACCCAAAUAUCAGACCGAACAUGCCGCUUCCGGGUUUACAGAUACCGUAUUUCAAUCCAAAUAUGAUGGGGAGCCAACGAUCGCCUCGUACGAGCCAGCAAAAAAGCCCAACGUCGCCAUAUUAUCCAAACAAUAAUUAUUUGCAAAGCGUGAAGCAUUCGGAGGUUACGCAUCAGCGCAGCAGUAGCACGGGGUCUCAGGAGUCUCCACGACCGCGGAUUAGUGUUAAAUCGCUCCAGAACCUUCUGGAGCCGACAGCGGCUGCGGCGUCCGGUGUGACGGCUCGACGGUCCUCUGUGCCAUCGUCGUCUCUGGGCCGUCGACGGGACGAGCCAGAGGUCGGCAGCACCACGCCCCUCGGCGAGCCACCACCGCAUCCUAUGCCGCACCCGCACGACCCAUCAGCGUACCACUUGUGGCAUCCACUAUUUGGCAAUCAAAAGGGCUACAACAGCCCGUGGAGUUGGACGACGGUGACCGCGACGGGCGACUGACCGCGCGCCCCGCGCGGGCCGCCCGCGCCGCCGCAGUGAGCAGGGGAGGGGGACGGGGCUGGACGGUUACGUUGGGUUUACACUUUGAGGUUAUCUUGCGUUUUGAGGUUAUGUUUGAGGUCAACAUGACAAUUUUGAGGUUAUUUUUUAUUGGAGUUUGAGGUUAUGUUGUACUAUUGAGGAAUGUUUGAUAAUAGGGGUUAUCUAUGAUUGGUAUACCCAGAGUAAAACUAUCUUAAAAUGAAGCCUCCUCCACUAAUCAACAUAUUUAGAUAUAAACUAUGUGAACAUAAAAACUUUGCAGAGGGGCCUUUACUUUAAGAGAGGCGUACUCAAAGUGAGACUAGACCAGAGACUAGUAUGAAUUAGAUAGUGCUAAAGUCAAAUAAAAAAUCAGCUCCUAAAAUACCUAUUCAUUUUUAGAACGCAUCAUUACAGUUUUUUUUUAUUUGACUUGAAUACUAUUAUAGAGGCAUUAUAAAAGUUUCCUAUCAAUUGAAGGGUCUGAGUCAUUUUUUUUUGUUUUACUAAGCUAACUGUUGAAACUUAUGUUUUCACAAGUAUCGGAAUCAGACAACUUUUAGAAUCAGGGAUCGCGUCGUGAGAUCCGAAUCAUGCCAACUUGUGCACACACAUUUUAAGCAAUAUCGAAUGGACGUUAGACUAAUCUGAUACUUUGUGAAUAAGGUUAUGUUGAACAACUUAAGAUUGAGGUUAUGUUUUGAGUUAGUGAGGUUACUUGAUGCUGACAUUCAUAUUUUUGAGAAAAUGGCUAAGAAUUCAUAAGAGUCUUCACACACUUGGAAUACCGGCUGAGAUAGUGACCUGACGGACUGGAGUAUAAUGGAAUAUUACCAAUACCAUUUACAACUAAUAUAUAUCUAAACGAAAUUAAUAAUGGUACUACUAAACAAUCUUAAUAUAACAGAUAACUGCUGCGUCUGUCUCGACUGGCUUUUCUUGUGUAUGAAACUUAUGAAAUUGUGUGUUGACUUUUUACUUGUUGUUUUUACCGAUUUUUGAAAUUAAAAGUCAUGAAGUUUUUUCUACUCGAUUUAUGCAUAGAUAUUUUGUAUAAUUCCUUUUGUAUUUCUGAGCAAUUGCGCAUCCGCUUUCGACCAGUCUUGUUGUUCGACGAAUUUAAAACGAAUGCUGGUUGUGAUUGUAAAGAUAAUUGUUGCAGUUUGGUCGAAAGCUGGACGUUGAGUUUUUUAUUUUAUCGUUUUCAAUUCGUUAUCUUAUUGUUUAGUUAAAGUAGUCGAAAGGCUUAAAAUCUGACCACAAAAGACGCCUGAUCGAUAAUAUUUUUCAAUAAUCAAAUAUGAGUUGUGAUUUAAUAGAGUGCGAAACCAUUCGAAAAUGGGUUAUUGGAUAAUAUAAUAAAAUAAAAUUAUACACGGCAACACAUGUAUAAAUACAUUUUCAACUCAAGAUUGCCAGGUGUAUAUUUUAAUUAAAUAGAUUUGAAUAUUUGUAUUUGCUUGUCUGCAUACAAAGUCGCAUUUUAAGCUUCGUCGAUUGCUCGAAUUGCAUUUUUUUCUGUCAUUUAAAAACCCUGGACCAGCUCCAAAAUUGUGCGAAAUGAUCCGUCCGAUGUUGUUAGACCCCCAGCGCUGCGGCAGUAUCUCUGUUCCGCCGUAUAGUGAACUUACCUGCGCUCCGUACAUAUAAGGUUACGUGUCCAGAUAUAUGGGAAAGGCAGUCAUACCUUAUAAAAGUUUUAAUCAAUUUCUAUCAUUCGAGUUGGCAACGCCUAGUUUCCUCUCUGGGUUGCAAAGGAUGUAAGUCGGUUUCUUAAAACAUUGUGCCUCUUCUAUGCCAAGACUUGAGAAAAGAAAAGAGAAUAAAUUUUGCUCAACUCAUAAUAAACGUUUAAUAAUUGUUUGGUUAUAACAACGCCAUCUGUUAGCGAUCUUGAUUGCCUUUCUCAUCGUGUAAAUGUUUCAAAAUUACCACAAUAUUAAAAUAGGCAUAAAACGCUUUUUUAUGUUAAACAUGAAUAUUAUUAAGCUUACAGUUUACGACAUUGAAAUGUUAUACUAACUUAUAUAGUCUGUGCGGAAAGAGAAGAGUCGCAGAAUGUAAGGGAACAGAGGGCCUACCGCGAACCACGUUCGAAGUGUUGCCUCCCUGUCAACCUUACGGACAAAUUUACAAGUGCGAUACAGAGGCAACACGUCGAACGUGGUUCGCUGUAAGCCCUCAGGGAACCCAUACAUUCUAGGACUCUUCUCUUUCCGCACGACUCUAGUUCGAACACAACGAAGACACAAUUCAGAGAUCGUUUAUUGCUUUAAAAUAAGGUCGACAUUUGAUCUCUUAAAUGUGCUUGACAAAAGUUAUAGAUAUGUUACCUGACAAGGGCAAAUGUAUUUAAUGACAUUAAUGAUAGUAAAGAAUUAGAAUUGGCUCCUUCGGAAAAUGAACUAACUAUACAUUUACUUAGCUCAAAAGAAGUAUUUAUAUAUAUACAGUCUAUAAUUUGACAACCUAGCGAAGUUAGUACAUGUUCAACGUCUUUUACAUAAUAUUUAUAGUUAGAACACUGUCCGUGAACCGUGCAAUUAGAAUAAUUAGGUACAAAUAAGAAAACGCAGUUGAGUUCACACGGCGCGCGGUUUACUGGAAAGGAAUUGUAUUAAUUACCUGUAGGGCCACCGCCAAUACCGAAAAUCGUCAAUUGCGGGGAUUUUUCUCUGUCACUCUAAUUACGCUUUCAUUGGAGUAAAAGAGAAAGAUCCCCGCAAUUUGCGAAUUUCGGUUUUCGCGGUAGCCGCUCUGUUAUAGGAAACCCACCUUCGUGAGUAUCUACAUUCGUAUUUUACGUCUAUGCGGCCUUCACGUUAACAUUUAUAACGCUCAGUAUAUUUGUAAAUUGAGCAAAUUAACCAGUGUUUUUACGAGGCUUUAUUAACAGUUUCAGCUCAAGAUUAUACUUAGUAGGUACCUAAAGGUUGAAAUUAUAGUCUCGCUGUCCGUCACUAUAAGGUAUAUCUGUUAUUUAUAACAAUCACGGUUAUAAACUCGUACGCACUUUUAAAUUAUUCCUAUGAUAUAAAAACAAAAGGUGUGUACUAACUUGUUUAUGACCAUGACUGCACCAAACAAAUCAAUUCAUUUUAUCUUAACUAAUAAAUAGCAACAGGUUUGUCAGGAGCUUUUCUUGAACGAGUAGGUAGAUACUUAUUUUCCGUUAAUGUGGAGGCACGCCUUGUACUGUGCUAAAUAAGUUAAAUGUAUAAUAGUAGGAGUUUCAAAAUAUGGUGCGGUAUACUUGUAUAAAUAUAAUAAAUGAUAUAGAUAUUUUUAUAUUUAUUGAAACUCGCAAAACUCGACUCGUUUAGACAGCUUUCCUGUAUCUACAAUCUUUUCUGACGCAACUAUACCGUACCGUGCGUUAAUCUCCUUUCAUAGAGUAACGUGGCAAAUAAAAAUGUAGAUGCUCAAAAAUACCAUAUCCCUAAAUGUAAGGUGCAUACCGGGAGGAAACGCAAGUGUAGUCUAGAAACUCUAAAUCGAAUCAUUACUCUAAUUUAGAGUUUCUAGUCUACUAAAAUUUAGAACAUAAUUUAUUAUUAGUUGUGAUAUUUAUGACAAGUAACGCGGUGGAGACUGCGAUAGUUCCAAAUGAGUGCAAUCUGGUACGGACUGUAUGUAUUACUGUAGUUAGAGAAGAGGUUAUUAAUGCAUUUAUUUAUACGCGAGACUGGCUGGUUGCAUUUGGAAAUAUAACUACUUACUCGAAAAUAGUGACGUUGGUUGCUAGAGAAUUGAUAAUAAUCUAGACAUGUAUUGUGUCCAGCAUGCUGUCGUAUGUUUUAGUUAAAUUAAGUAUUUAUUAAUUAAAUUCAGACUAAGGAUUACGCUUACAUUUUUGGCACUUUUUGUAAAAUAGUUAAUGUUGAUUAGCGGGCUAAGAUUAAGUACCUUUAUAAGCUUGUGAAUAAGCCGCGUUUUCAAAUGCAACCCGCGUUUCUCUUAAUUUAAGUAACUUCAGUUAACUUGAGACAACUUGUGGCGUACUUAAAAGUUCGUUGAAACGGACUUAUGCUUGUAGAAGUUUAUCACAAGUUUUCUCCAAUAUUGCGUGCGGAGAGUUGAUAAGUUGUAUUGAAGUGGACAAGCUCUCUGAUAAGAAAACUUCUCGCCAAGUUUCAAAGUUACUUAAGUAGAUACUUAUCAAGAAAUAUUACUUUCUCUAUAUUCAUUUGUUAUUGUUUUAUUACAUUUAAAAGUAUUACUUUGGUUCGGGCGCACUACUGUAACGCCGCUCAAAAGAUAGCGUACGUUUUGAUCGAUUUCAUAUCCCCAAUCAAGCACUUUACACAUUGCGAUUCAAAUAAAAUACCUAUCCUUAUUGGCACUUUUCGCAUUAUAUGUGCUAUACAUACGUAGACGAAUUUGAGGGUACGUCACAAGUUGCAGCCGGUCCGAAUGCAGCGUUGAUCAGAUCUCUUUCACUCUCUAAGUGUUACUUGUAGCGACCGACUAGUGCUCAGUUCGGACCGGCUUACUGAGAUCAAACAAUACCCAAUACCCAACCCACAACGAAUAUCAUAAACCGAUUGCUAACCAAAACAGCAAUAGACAAUAGAUAUUUAAUGCAUAUCCAUUUUAUUCCAAUGUCAAUUUGAAAAAUGAAAUUUUGGAUAUUAUUUGAUCUCAAAUCCUUUUACUGUAGAUGAAACGAUGCGUUUCACAAAUUCUAGUGGUUAAAUUCUCUGUCACAGAAAUUAUGUACAAAAAAUAUCUGUGACAAUUUUCAAGAUAAGUGGUUGUUGUCACAACUGUUAAGAUACUUAAGACUAUCAUACACUUGAGUCACUUUACAAGGAUAUUUACACUUCAAUUAAACAAGACAAAUAAAAUUGUAUCAGGGGCCUAUUUCUCGAACCAUAUUAGUCUAAUAUUAUUAGUGUGUUGUCAUGGCAACCCAUAGAAUAUGACAGUUCGUGAACUAAUAAUAUUAGUGUAAUAUCGUUAGAGAAAUGGGCCCCAGGUCAACACUUCACACCACUAGAAUCAAGGACACAAUCGUUUCAUACACUUUUGUGCAAAAAAAAGCUAUUUAUUUCGUUAUUUUUUAAGUUUUCGAUGAUUUUAAUUGUUCUCGUUACUUUCCUUGGGAAUCUUUAUCGAGUAGUAUUAGUAAGUACAAUUUUUGAGCAGUAACGGGCCCGGGCGCCGGUGGUCACCGGGUACUUUUCUAGUGUACAAUUCCAUUUUUUCUAAACAGCUAAAUGUGCGCUUGAUGAUAAUCUAAGGUGGUAGUGGUACCUUCAAAUUUUCAAAAGUCUGUAACUGCGAUGUUCAAUAUCAAUAGAGUCCUUUUACGACAUGAAUAGCGCUGCAACAGUAAAUAUCGGUUUUCCUAGGAUAGCGGUGCCGUCAUAUAGCGGUCGUCUUCAUACUAAAUAAUAUGGAUGUCUUAGUAUUUGUAUGGAGACGGCCACUAUACGACGGCACCGCUAUCCUAAGAAACCAGAGCAUAAGGGACUGUUUUCUACAAUCUAUUAUAAUUCUACAUAUUUUGAUAAUUCUGCAAUUUGUGGUUCCUAAAAUGUAUCGGUACCGCCCACAACCUCUUAGAUAUCUCGUGUAGCGACCGGGCCCUCAUCGUUAAUAUAGUCGUGGUAUUCACUAAUCCAAAAGUUUCCUGAUGUAAUUUAUUGAGUCGGAUUAAAAAAAUACGCUUCUAAAGUGUACUAUGACAUAUGUAAAUAUAGGACAAACUAAUAUUAUAAUAGUGAAUGUUGUAAUUUGUAUAUAAGUAACGAAAAUUAAAUUUUAAAUACAUAGAUAACAUUGUGCGUA